CCCCGCCAGUGCUGUGGCGAGCUUCACUCCGGUGUCGGUUUGGAGCCUGAGGAACCCAGAGGGGUUGUCUUUGGAGACUCCAGCCCAUAGUCGUAGCCAUGGCCCCCGUGCUUAGCAAGGACGCGCCGGACAUCGAGAGAGGACGUGGGGAAGUCCGAGGGGCAGUGACUGAGAAGCGCCGGAGCUCCGAGGGCCGGACUGUGGGGGAUGGGAGCGCGCCUUUCCGUGCUGGUCCACACCGAACUUCCGCAGCUGUCCCCUGUGUCCGCUUCUGGGACGCCUGUCCGCCGCCACUCACCUCCAACAGCUGAAUCCUACUGUUUGCAGAUGGGUAGAAAUAAAAACGUGUGUGUCAGCUGUAGUAGUCUCUGCCAAGCACAAACAUCCUGGCUUUGAAUCCUCGAACACAAACUCAUGCAACUCUGCGUUCCACUUUGGCCAAGAAAUUAGACAAGAAGCAUUGGAAAAGAAACUCUGAUAAGAACUGCUUUAAUUGCGGGAACCUGGAGAAUAAUUUUGAUGACAUCAAGCACACGACUCUUGGUGAGCGAGGAGCUCUCAGAGAAGCAAUGAGGUGCCUGAAAUGUGCAGAUGCCCCCUGCCAGAAGAGCUGUCCAACUAAUCUAGAUAUUAAAUCAUUCAUCACAAGUAUUGCAAAUAAGAACUAUUAUGGAGCUGCUAAGAAGAUCUUUUCUGACAACCCACUUGGUCUUACUUGUGGAAUGGUGUGUCCAACUUCUGAUCUUUGUGUAGGAGGAUGCAAUUUAUAUGCCACUGAGGAGGGACCAAUUAACAUUGGUGGACUGCAGCAGUUUGCUGCUGAGGUGUUUAAAAGAAUGAACAUCCCACAAAUCAGAAAUCCUUCUCUGCCUCCUGCUGAAAAAAUGCCUGAAGCCUAUUCUGCAAAAAUUGCUCUUUUUGGUUCUGGACCUGCCAGUAUAAGUUGUGCUUCUUUUUUGGCUCGAUUAGGCUACUCUGACAUCACUAUAUUUGAGAAACAAGAAUAUGUUGGUGGCUUAAGUACUUCUGAAAUCCCUCAGUUCCGGCUGCCAUAUGAUGUAGUGAAUUUUGAGGUUGAGCUUAUGAAGGACCUUGGCAUAAAGAUACAGUGUGGUAAAAGCCUUUCAGUGAAUGAAAUGACUCUUAGCACUUUGAAGAAAGAUGGUUACAAAGCUGUUUUCAUUGGAAUCGGUUUGCCAGAACCCAAAAGAGAUCUUAUCUUUCAAGGCCUAACACAAGACCAGGGGUUUUACACGUCCAAAGACUUUUUGCCACUGGUAGCAAAAGGCAGUAAACCAGGAAUGUGUGUCUGUCACUCUCCAUUGCCAUCGAUAUGGGGAGCCGUGAUUGUACUAGGAGCUGGAGACACUGCCUUUGACUGUGCCACAUCCGCUCUACGCUGUGGAGCCCGCCGCGUGUUCAUCGUCUUCAGAAAAGGCUUUGUUAAUAUAAGAGCAGUCCCCGAGGAGAUGGAGCUUGCUAAAGAAGAAAAGUGUGAAUUUUUGCCUUUCCUGUCCCCACGGAAGGUGAUAGUAAAAGGUGGGAGAAUUGUUGCCAUGCAGUUUGUUCGAACAGAGCAAGAUGAAACUGGAAAAUGGAGUGAAGAUGAAGAUCAAAUAGUCUGCCUGAAAGCAGAUAUGGUUAUCAGUGCCUUUGGUUCUGUUCUGAGUGAUCCUGCAGUAAAAGAAGCCUUGAGUCCUAUAAAAUUUAACAGGUGGAAUCUCCCAGAAGUGGAUCCAGAAACUAUGCAAACCAGUGAACCAUGGGUGUUUGCAGGUGGCGACAUUGUUGGCUUGGCUAACACUACAGUGGAAUCAGUGAAUGAUGGAAAACAAGCUUCUUGGCACAUUCACAAAUAUAUUCAGUCACAAUAUGGAGCAUCAAUUUCUGCCAAGCCUGAACUACCCCUCUUCUAUACUCCUAUUGAUCUGGUGGACCUUAGCGUGGAAAUGGCUGGACUGAAGUUUAUAAAUCCUUUUGGUCUUGCUAGUGCUACUCCAGCUACCAGCACAUCAAUGAUUCGAAGAGCUUUUGAAGCUGGAUGGGCCUUUGCCCUGACCAAAACUUUCUCUCUUGAUAAGGACAUUGUGACAAAUGUUUCACCCAGAAUCAUCCGGGGGAUCACCUCUGGCCCCUUGUAUGGCCCUGGACAGAGCUCCUUUCUGAAUAUUGAGCUCAUCAGUGAAAAAACAGCUGCAUAUUGGUGUCAAAGUGUCGCUGAACUAAAGGCUGACUUCCCAGACAAUAUUGUGAUUGCUAGCAUCAUGUGCAGUUACAACAAAAAUGACUGGAUGGAGCUUUCCAAAAUGGCUGAGGCUUCUGGAGCAGAUGCCCUGGAAUUAAAUUUAUCAUGUCCACAUGGCAUGGGAGAGAGAGGAAUGGGCCUGGCUUGUGGGCAGGAUCCAGAGCUGGUACGGAACAUCUGUCGCUGGGUUAGGCAAGCUGUUCAGGUUCCUUUUUUUGCCAAAUUGACCCCAAAUGUCACGGAUAUUGUAAGCAUCGCAAGAGCUGCAAAAGAAGGUGGCGCAGAUGGCGUUACAGCCACCAACACAGUUUCAGGUCUCAUGGGCUUGAAAGCUGAUGGCACACCCUGGCCAGCAGUUGGUAUUGGAAAGCGGACUACAUAUGGAGGAGUGUCAGGAACAACAAUCAGGCCUAUUGCUUUGAGAGCUGUAACCUCUAUUGCCCGAGCUUUGCCUGGAUUUCCCAUUUUGGCCACUGGUGGAAUUGACUCAGCUGAAAGUGGACUUCAGUUUCUCCAUGGUGGAGCUUCAGUCCUUCAGGUAUGCAGUGCUAUUCAGAAUCAGGAUUUCACUGUGAUUGAAGACUACUGCACUGGCCUCAAAGCCCUGCUUUAUUUGAUGAGCAUUGAAGAGCUACAAGACUGGGAUGGACAGAGUCCAGCCACUGUGAGUCAUCAGAAAGGGAAACCGGUUCCACCUAUUGCUGAACUCACUGGAAAGAAACUGCCAAGCUUUGGACCUUUUCUUGAACAGCGCAAGAAAAUCGUAGCAGAGAACAAGAUUAGACUCAAAGAACAAAAUACAGCUUUUUCCCCAGUUGAGAGACGCUGUUUUGUCCCCCAAAAGCCUAUUCCUUCCAUCAAGGAUGUAAUUGGAAAAGCACUGAAGUACCUUGGAGCAUUUGGUGACUUGAGCACCAUAGAGCAAGUCGUGGCUACGAUUGAUGAAGAGAUGUGUAUCAACUGUGGUAAAUGCUAUAUGACCUGCAAUGACUCUGGCUAUCAGGCUAUCCAGUUUGAUCCAGAAACCCACCUGCCCACCAUUACUGACAUGUGUACAGGUUGUACUCUCUGUCUCAGUGUCUGCCCUAUUAUCGACUGCAUCAAAAUGGUUUCCAGGACAACACCUUAUGAACCAAAGAGAGGCUUACCCUUAGCUGUGAAGCCAGUGUGUUAAGGUGAUUUGCAAGACAGUUGCUGUGAACUUUGAUGUCACCUACAUAUGCUGAUCUUUUAAAAUCGUGCUUGUUGAGUUCUUUCCGAAUUAAAAAUAUGUAUAAUUUCUAAAUAAAUUUCUAAAUUUAAAACAUGCAUAGUGGCAGUGACCAAUUAUUGGUCAGGAAAUGAAAUAAUUUUUUUUUUCUGAGGAUGGCUGUUAAAUUACUAUGGAGUAGUUAAUUGGAUGUUCACUGUCUGUUGUGAAAAAUUAACUUUUUCAUGGCAAUUAGUGUGACAAUUUCCAAAUUGCCCAAUGUUGUACUCCAUCUUUAAUUUCUAAUUGUAAGUGAAAUUAAGUAUUUUGAAACAAAGUAUACCGUGGCCUACUAGAAAGUGUUUCCAAGGAAACGUCUUAUAAUUAAAAAUUGCCUGUAAUUUUUAUACUGUUUCCUAGAAAAUGUAAUUAGUUUCACAAAGUAUGAAUGAAGAAAAUCAAAUAAUUAUUUAAUAUGUCAGGAAAAGAAAGGCUAGAAAAGUAUUUGUAGAACUAUGUGAAGGUCCUCUUCACUGAAAUGGCUUCUUUUUGGGUGCUAGAUUCUAAAAACCAAAAUAUUUACCAACUAAAUACUAUUUACCACUCAUGCCUGAGAUAGCUGUCCAAACUGCUCACCAGUGAACCACAUGACAUUCUUCUUUAAGUGCUUAAAUUAUGUUCUUAUUGAAAUAAGAUAUGAGGAUGGAGCUCUGGCUAGUGGCACUCUUUUCCUGUGCUCAAAUCUGCUCUUUGCUUUUUAAUAGUAACCUUCAUGAUUAUAGCAAUUAAUAUUCAAACAAAGCCAAAAUUAUACAUUACUGAGUCACAUACUUCAUUACUCAAGAAUGAAAAAUAUAAUAUUGGUAAAAUAUAUCCCAUGUGCAAAACCACUUUGAUUACUUUUAUAUUUUAAUGUUUAUUUUUAAUAUCAAAGAUAAUGGAAUAAAUAUAUUUUUCUGAUAUUGAUAAAUAUUUUCUGUUUCUCUAUUUUCAUAAUCAAUAGCACUAUAUUAAAUUCAUGUAUCUCUUCAUGGAAUAUUUUCAUAUGAAUACAGAAGUAGUAAAUCAGACAAUAAUCUGUAGCAUAUUUCUAUAAUAAAUGCAAGAUCUAAAAAUGCUAUUUAUGAAAAAUUUUUGUGAUUUAACAAUAUCAAAUAAAAAUAAAGCAUUUUAAA